CCUUCUGGUUGCCUCCAAACGGCCAAUCGGUGUUGGGCGCUGGAAAACAACGUCACUUUUAUGCGGCAGCUGUACGAAUAGGCAUGUGUGAGCGUUAAGGACAGGGAUGUUGUCAACGUAGCCUCUACUAUCCCUUUCCAAAUAUUUUUGAACUACCGGAGGUAGCGUUCUAUCGCCUUAGGAUGUGUCGGAUUUGAGUCUCCCGCGCCGCCUCACGGGCCUCAGAGUUUCGGCUCCCCCUUCAACACAAAUCAAAGGGCUUCUGGUUACAGGCUGGUUUUUGCCUCACUUGCUUAAUCCCUGUGUCCCUUCUCUGGGGGGCAGUGUGAGUGCUACCCAUUGAGAAGUACAAAGGAAUCCUGCGCUAUUGCCCUCCAUUAUGUCUUCAGCUUCCUCCCUUCCCACAAUCCCAGCUGCGGUAUUGCAAUUUUGCCAGCAAGCUUGGGAGCAGGUGUUUGCAAAAGUGAAGCGGGCUGUCGUGUUCAUGGACCCUGCUUGUGCUGAGAGCCUUCACUGGGCGUUUGGAGGAGCCGGGAAGCUACUGGAGGCAGGGGCUCUCAAUGUCAAGGAGUUUUCCAGUUUUGAAUCCGGUGAUUCAGAGCAGCCCAAGGCUGUGUUUGUGGUGGGCAGUUUGCUGAAAGGCAGGACAGUGGACAUCAUUCGUGACAUUGUGAGUCUCAGUAACUUCCAGUAUUGUGUAGUUUUCACAGCUGUCAGUCAUGCAGUGCACUUGCAGGCCCACAAUGCUCCCUGCAGCACUGAGGUCGAAGGUGGCAGCCAGGUGGUCUUUGAACAGUUCGAAGAGAAGCUCUGCCAGUGGAUGGGCAACAUGAACUACACUGCAGAGGUGCAACAUGCCACUUUAUUUCUGGCACCCAUCUCACCUCACUUGUUUGUAACACCUGCCCUUUCCUUGUUUUUCCCCUUGAUGGCUCAGGAUUUGAAUCGGAUCAAUAAUACUCGACCAGAGAAGAAGAAAAUUUCCCACUUGAGUGAUGUUGACUUCUCUUCUCUGUCUUCAGAGUUGCAGCUUGAGAUCAGAUGCUUGGUGUCUAAUUUCAACAGCUUAUUUGAGUACCUCAGUGUGCGGGAGGAGUGUUUUGCUGUUGGGAUGCUAAGUAGGAUCAUCGCAGGGGAUCUGGCAAAUUUUGCCCAAGCCAAAACCAGAAGGAAAAUUGCACAACAUAGAGCUUCUGUAAUCUUUAUGGACCGGACAUUAGAUUUGACAGGAGCAGUUGGUCAUCAUGGUGACAACCUAGUGGAAAAGAUACUCUCUGUCCUUCCUAAACUUCCAGGUCAUACGAAUGAUGUGAUGGUCAAUAUGGUAGAACUUACAAACCUGCAGACUGAUGAUGCUUCUUGCAGUAUUAUAGCACCAGGCUGCUUGGCACAACCAAACGAUCCAGCUGCAAAAGCUCUGUGGGAGUCAUUAAUGAAUCUCAAACAGAAAGAAGCUGUGAUGGAAGUUAGGAGACACCUAGUGGAAGCUGCAAGCAGAGAAAAUUUGCCAAUCAAGAUGAGUAUGGGUAGAGUCACCCCUGAACAGCUCAGCUCACAUAUCCAGCUCUUCAAAAAGGAAUUUGAGGCCAUUGAGAACCAUUGUGGGAUUCUGCAGAUUGCACUGGCUGUUGUACAAACACUGCAACACCCCCAGAGUGCCAAAUGGGACAGUUUCUUAGCCUUUGAAAGACUACUUGUGCAGAAUACUGAAGAGUCAACUUUGCCUAGUGUCCUGAACCAACUGCUGCCUAUCAUUAAGUCUCAUAACAACAGGACAGAUAAUGAUUAUACUCCUGAAGACCUCCUUGUAUUGCUUGUGUACAUUUACUCCAUUGUUGGGGAAAUCAAAAUUGGAAAAAAGUUGGAUGAGGCUGAAGGAGAAGUCAAGGAGGCACUUGUCCAGUCUAUUUGCGAUGAACCUGAGCUACCUGCCUUACUGCAGAAAAUAACAGGCUGUGAGUCUUCCCUUGAUCUGACAUUCCAGAAAGUCAUGGUUGCAGUGAAUGAGAUCUUCAAGGCCCUCAGAGAUGUUACAAGAGCUCGAGCUCACAUGAAACUGUUUAAAUCUGUACAUAUACCAGGAAGCCAAACCCAACAGGCCUCUUAUAAACCUUUGCUGAAGCAAGUAGUGGAAGAGAUAUAUAAUCCUGAUCGACCUGACCCUGUUGAUAUUGAACAUAUGUCUUCUGGGCUGACAGACCUUCUGAAAACUGGAUUUAGUAUGUUUAUGAAGGUGAGCCGUCCACACCCUAGCGAUCAUCCUCUUGUGGUCAUCUUCAUGAUUGGUGGAGUGACAGUAUCUGAAGUCAAAAUGGUAAAGGACCUUGUAAUGGCACACAAGCCUGGAGUACAGGUAAUGGUGUUCUCCACGGCUCUCCUGACUCCACUUAGCCUUCUGGAGUUGCUGUUUGCAACAGACCGUCUCCAGCCAGACAUUGGUAUUUGAAAAACCGAGAAUAAGAUCAGCAUCUGGCCCAACCUGCAGGAAAAAAUAUCAAAACCCUUGACCUAUCCCUUGAGACAUUCUUGUGGAAAAUGAGAGACCCUGAAAUUACUCCUGAUCUUGAUCUGAACACUGGGGAAAUUGAUUUGGUAGCUGCCUGUACAAGAAAAGUACCUAUACUAGUACCCAGAGCUGUUCAUCAAAACCUACACUGUUCAUUGCUUCAGUGAUGUCAAGCCAACAUUCAGUUCCUCUCUCUGUAGUGAUGUGUUUAACUGAAAUCCUUUCUCUCCAGCUUAACAGUUGGUUCUUCUUGCUGACAGGUGCAGACAGAGUAAAGAUUCUGUACUGCCCAUAGCAGUUUCGUAGAAAGAUCAGAGAGCACUUGAUGGCAACAAGAGCUUCCAUUUCCAUGCUGAACUUUUUCCUUCAUUCGUUUUCUUUUAUACUGUGCUUUUCCUUUAUAGGUUGGCUUGCAAUAUUAAGCGCCAUUGGAGAAAACGUGUAUCCUUGAGCAUUUUGGGUCAUAGCCAACGUGUCCAUGACAGCAAAGUGUGCCUUAAUGUCAGUUUCACAGUUCUGUCAUGCAGAGCAUGCUAACUUUAAUACUUGGUAGUUUUUAUAAUGGCAGCUUAGUUACUAGCCAAUAGGCUUUAUGUGGAAAGACAGAAGAGUGGAAUUACCUAGUAGUUCUUCCCCAAAACUUUCCCACUGGUCCAUUGUGGAGCUCAUCGAAGUGGUACUAUACAGAAGGUAAAUGUGAAGCCUUUGAUGGCUAAGCAUGCAUUCAUGCAUCUCAGUGUGGCUGGAGAUUCUGUGUGUUGGAAUACUUAAUUACCCAAAUGAAGGUGUGGAAUUACUUCAGAGCUAUCGGAAGUGCACAGCACCAUGGGUUUCCAUCUAGACCCACAGGGUUUGUAGCAGUCUAAGGAACAGUUUAUACAUUCAGUAGAUUCACAUAAUAAGAGCUUCUGGACCUUUAGCUCAAAGGCUUCUGGACUUGUAGCUCCACUGGGAAAAAAACCUCCAUUUAGAAAACUAGUAUGUCAGGGAGAAUGGUUCAAGUCUUCCCCAGACAUGGUUUGUUUUCUGUAUGAAGGGAGUAUCCCCCCUUUCCGUUUUAUUUAUUUAUUGGACUUCUGGCCUGCUCCAUCCCAAAAGCUCAGGGUGGUAACAGUAUGCUAAUACUUCUACCUUAUUCUUUGCCACCAAAAGCCAUUCAAAUGUUAAACCAACCAACACUGCACCUUUUCCGCAGGAGUCUACUAAAUGUAGAACAUUCAUGGAAGAAGCCACAUGGGAAUAGCUUGUUGGACCAGUCAAGGGUUUAUUGGAUGCAAUAUAAAUGUUUACUUUGUGUCUUUUUUUUAUAUAAGGAGCAGAUUAUAAUUUAUAACAAGUUUAAUGGUAAGGAUAUAGCUCAUUUUUUUCUUACAGUCAAUUUUCUGGAAAACAGUGGUAGAAUAGUUUAAGAUUAGAAAAGAGUGCCUGAGAAAUCAAGCUGAGAUGAUGACAUUUUCUUUCCUUUCUGAAUUGCAAAUUUGAUUUUGCUCCAGCAAAGUAGUGAUUCUUUGUAGAGUUUUACAGUGGUAGAAUAUAGUGAGACACUGUCUUUUAGGUAACCCAUUCCAGCAGAUUUGCUUGAUGUUACAUAGAGCACCAGCUUAGGCCUUCUCCAAUCUAGUCAAUGCAGAUUGCCCCAUUAUUAAAGGUGUUUCAUUUCAUGGCCGUCAUGAAGAUCACCUACAUUUGCUCUUUUCUGUUAGCUGGAUUACAGUCAAAUGUGUUUUUGUGAACCAUUACUUGGAAGCAUGGACAAAAUUUUAUUACAUGAAAAAUACUUUUUUAGUAUUAUGGCAAUAGGCAUUGGAUGUGCUGACAUGCUUUAUUUAAUGGACAGGUGACAAAUCAGAUCUGUAAAGGCAUUUGUUUUGACAUGCUUAGGAAGGAGAAAGGCAGCAGUCUCCAUGGUUACCAUUACAAUUCUGCCACACUGUAUUAAUAGAUUCAGUUUUUGGAAAUUAUGCAAUAAGGCAGAUGACAGAACUCUUUUUUUUCUUUGCAUCUCCUUGAUGGGAUUCGGCACAUAGAACAGUUUUCUACCUGCUAGUGGUUGCCCCAAAGGCUGGUGGGAAGCUAGACCUCCAUCGAGAGGCUGCUCCUGUCUACUAUUAAUGAUGGCUGUGUCAUGGAGACAGCCAAGGCUUAAGUGGAGCAUGGGUUGAGACUCAAGACAUAAAAGUGGGGUUGAUUCACAGGAUCACUGUGCAUUGCAUAUUACAGAUAAGUUUGUAUUAUGCUUAUACCGAAUUUAUGAUAUAAUUGUCACUAGUGAAAUAUUAAUAAAUCUCAAAAGAUGAGGAAUAUAGAUUUAGGCAGUAGUAGCAGGCCCAUCAGCAAAAGGAGGGCCUUCUUCUUGAUAAGGGAGGUGUUUGUGGCCCUAGGACGCUCCAGUACUUUGACAAAGCCUUACUAUACAACAGCCUUUUUUUAAAGGUCGGAAUUUCUAGUACACAGUCUUCACAGUCAACCCAUAGAAUGGUGCCAAUAAGCAGGUCAAAGAACGAGGACAGGUGCCCUGGCACAGGAACUACUGUAGCUGCUGCACUACAAGUCUCUGUAUGGGAGGCUGUUGGAAAAGGCAAGCACUAAUCAUCUUUUUGUGUUGUGUUACUGAAAUAACUGAGACUCUAAUCCCUAUAAUCGGUCCUAGACCCGGUUGAUGAUUUAAGAUAUCUUUUAGCCCCUUAAUGACCUUAGGUGGUUUCACUGUCUCUCAUGAGUCUUACCACCACUCUCCCAUUUUCUAGGCAGCUGGAUACAAAAAUACAACAAUCACAUGAGAAAACAUUGAUUUAAUUGCUGGAGCAAAAUGAAUAAGUUGUGUGCCAUCUGAAGAGUUGCUGUCAACAUACAAAUAAAUAAGUUACAGCUUAAGGAACAAGCACUGUGGUUUUUUUAAAGU